UAGAUCCUUAUAAAUUCAAAAAUCCAAUAGAUGCAAGUAAAAUUUUUGAAAACAAACAAAUUCAAGAACCAUACAUAAUUCGAUCAGAUAAAAUAAUUUAUACAAUUGACGAAAAAAUGUUUAUCGAAGAAUUGGUGCCUGAUAAUUGGGUCGAAUACUUAAGAAAAGAACUGAAAGACACAAAUAGCAUUACAACUCCGUCUAAAAAGACAAUCGAUAUUAUAACUAAAAUUAUAAAGAAUAGAUUAACUAAUGAUUAUAAUACUGGCGGAAAAGAAUUUCAAGGGAAAUUUUUAAGAUGGGGAUUGGAAUUAGAUAAUAAAUCAGUCAGACUUACAGUGAUUGACUUUGAUUAUUACAGGAAUGACUGGAACUCAGAUAAUGAAAAAAAGCAACUGGAUAUUCUUCCAUCAUUUUAUCCUGAUGGAAAAAAUUUUAUAUUACAUUGUGAAGUUCUUGAAAACGAUGAUUUCAUUACAAUUUCACGUAUUGGUGUAAUUAUAUGGACUUAUAAACUUUCUAACAUUAAGAUACAUUAUUAUUGGAAUGAUUGGAAUCAUCGUUUAGAGAAAUUCGAUUUUGAAAAGACAAAUUUCAAAGAUAUUUUAGGUCUCUUUGAGGACUGGAUUCUGGGAAGAAUUCUUCCUGCUUCGAGUUAUGAAACAAUCUAUAAAAAUUUAGAUGUUAAAUUUGGCGAAAAAGAGGGAAAAGAGCUCUUCAAAGAGUUUUUAGAAGACAGUAUUGCUGAAGAAUUUAAUUUAAUUUUCUACGGAAAAAUUCUCAUGAAAACAUUUAUUAGAUUAAAGGAUGAUAAAUGGAUUCAGACUUUAGGUAUGAGUUGUAUUGAUAAGUGUGUGCAAGAUAAUAAUCAUCUGAUUUCUAAAAUUUCUUUGUUGAGCAUUAUUUUUGAAAACUUUAAAGAGUUAUCAGAAAAUAAUCCAGCAUUUAUAGCAAAUGCUUUGUUGGUUAUAGAGUUUGUAAUUCCUUCUAAUAUCGUAAUUCCAAACUCUAUGUCUUCACAUCUUUCCAGUUAUGGAAGAUACUAUCAUUUAUCUAAAUCAAAAUUUCUUGAUGUAUUAAUUUCUGAUCUUCGGGUUCGUUGGAUUGGUUUUCAAAAGAAUCAUCAUUAUUUUCGAGAUUUAAUUAUAAAACCAGUUAUCAAUUUUUAUGCCAAGUUUCAUAAUGUAGGUCCUAGUACAAUACUUGCAAUUCCUCUACCAAACUUUGUUUCUUAUCCAAAAAAAUACAAUUUCUGGAAAGAAUUAUUGUUACCUAGUCCCAAUCCUUUUACAUAUUCAAAUAAGUCUAAAAUGAUAAAUGAAGAAUUUUAUAGUCACUUAAAUGGAGAAGCGUUACUUAAAUUUAAAUGGAAUUCUUAUGGACAAAAAUAUUAUCUUACAAUUUG